AUGGUUCACUUGCAACUCACUCAACUUCAACGUAUCAUGGGAAAAGGGAAAACCGCUCGUGACGCUGAAUAUCCCAACAAGGAAAGAAAUCCAUCUUCUUUCAAAUUAUCACAUAUUGCCGUAGACAUGCAACUAAUAACUCCAGCACAUCCUCACAACAUCGAAUUUUCUAUCUUCCAGCAGAGAAGCCCACCAGCUCGCUUACGGGAUCUUCUCCCGCUAGCAAAAAUCCUUAAUACUCACACAACUAACCAACCCCAAUGUCACAUCUAA